AUGUUGCUGCUCUCCCUGCUCUUCUGCCUGGACAACGUGAGCGGAUUCCUCCCCAACCACGAAUCGGGAGGUAUAGAUCCGGCAGUCUUCACAGAUGCUGACAUCACGACAGCAGGGGUGCUGCGGGCUGUCGCCCGUUACAUGGAGAGGAACCCGUUGCCUGGGAAAACACCUGUGGCCCCAGGAGAGCUGGAAAAUAUGAAGCCUUUGGAUGCUACUAGGCUCUUCAAGGCCUUCUACAAAGGUAAGCUCAGAAGGCAUCGGCGUGAAGACUUCUCCUUGCCCGAUGCAACUGGACCUUGUGGCUUUUGCAGAGGAUCGACCCUGCGCAGCCUUGCUAGGAAUCUGACCUCAUUUGCUUCCCAGCAGGACCAGGAGACUUGGAUCCACAAAUGCUUGGUCUCAUUGCUCCCAUCUAUGCCAGCUGACAGAGCCCAGGAGUCCUUGCGAACUGCUUUAACGCAGUAGACCUCCUGGCCCCUGGUAACAGAUCUGAGAGUCACGGCUGCCAGUCUGAGCCUUUCCUCUUAAAAACCUACCCACCCUAAAGGUAAAGGGAACCCUGACCAUUAGGUCCAGUCAUGACUGACUCUGGGGUUGCAGCGCUCAUCUUGCUUUAUUGGCCGAGGGAGCCGGCGUACAGCUUCCGGGUCAUGUGGCCAGCAUGACUAAGCCGCUUCUGGCGAACCAGAGCAGCGCACGGAAACACCGUUUACCUUCCCACCGGAGUGGUACCUAUUUAUCUACUUGCACUUUGACAUGCUUUUGAACUACUAGGUUGGCAGGAGUAGGGACCGAGCACCGGGAGCUCACCCUGUCACGGGGAUUCGAACCACCAAUCUUCUGAUCGGCAAGUCCUAGGCUCUGUGGUUUAACCCACAGUGCCACCCGCGUCCCUCCACCCACCCUAGAGAUCUAAAAAAAUCCUGGUUGUCAGCUUCCCACCCCUAAGUAGUCACUAAACCCCAUUUAUCUUAGGGGAGAUUUGGGCAUGUGGAUCUACUAUCCCAUCAGAUGUCAAGGAGAUGAACAAUUAUACAACUUUCUGAAGACAGCUGAAGGCAGCCCUGUAUCAGAAAGAUUUUAAUACAGUGGUACCUCGGAUUAAGAACUUAAUUCGUUCCGGAGGUCCAUUCUUAACCUGAAACUGUUCUUAACCUGAGGUACCACUUUAGCUAAUGGGGCCUCCCACUGUCGCUGCGCUGCUGCCGCAUGAUUUCUGUUCUCAUACUGAAGCAAAGUUCUUAACCUGAGGUACUAUUUCUGGGUUAGCGGAGUCUGUAACCUGAAGCGUCUGUAACCUGAAGUGUCUGUAACCACUGUAUCUAAUGUUUCACUGUGUUUUUUUCACAUUCUGUUGAAAGCCUCCCAGAGUGACUGGGGAAACCCUGUCAGAUGGGCAAGGUAUAUGUUAAGAAAUUAUUACUAUUACUAUUACUAUUACUAUUACUAUUACUAUUACUAUUACUAUUACUAGAAGGCUGUGUGAGUGCCUAUAAUGUCCCCAUCCUUCUCAUCCUAUCCUUUUUCCCACUGUCAAACCUUAAAGCAGGGGUCACUUUAUUAUCUUAUCUGGCUGGUCUGCAUGCUGCCAAGCUCAUCCUUUCCCUCACCCAGUUUCCUCUGUUCCUCCCCUUCUUGUUCUCUCUGUGUCGCCCCUUUCGCCCUUCUGUUUUUCAUUCUCCAUGCCAUUCCCUUUUCUUUAUCUCUGCCACCUCUUUUGCCUUGUUCCCCACCCCCACCCCCGUUCCUUGGUAUUCCCAUCAUAUUAGGCUGAGGUCCACAUGCAGUUCAGGGAGCAGAGCAUAUCCACCUCUGCUUGCGCAUAUAAGUGCUUCGGGGGUCAGGACCACUUCAAAAAGCAGCUGCAUUUUCAUGUGCGGAUUUGUGUGGUUCCCAAGUAAUGGGACCUUCCCCUUUUUUCUUGCACAGCUGACGUCUCUCCCAGUCGGUUACUCAAAGCCAUGCAGGAACUUGUCGAUGCAAACAAUCAAGUGGAAACCGACCACAAGAAGGACAAUAGCUACUUCUUCUACUGCGAAAAGAUUGUCCAAAGUAAGAGGCGGUGUGGCUUUUGUGGGGUGAAGGUGCACGGAGCGAUGUUUGGGGCGAUGUGUUGGGAGAGCAGAUCCCCACAGAGAGCAGGACUGAACCCUUUGCCAACGAGCAAAGGGAACACGCUGGCAAAGCAGACCCCUCUCCCCACCCCCAGACUUUGGCAGGUGAUUGACAGGUGCGUGACCCUGCCCACCUACCCAAGCUGGCCCACCGCCUCCCGAAGGAGACUGUUCCACUGCUGAACAGCGCUUACUGUCAAGUCCUACCCUCCAGAGCAGGAGAAAAUAAGCGUUGUCCCUCUUGCAUGGGACAGCCCUUGAGUUGAGUCUCCUUUUUUCCAGGCUAAACAUUCCCAGCUCCUUCAACCACUCCUCAUCAGGCUUGGUUUCCAGACCCUUGACCAUCUUAGUUGCCCUCCUCUGCACAUGUUCCAAUUUAACAUCCUUCUUAAAUGGUGGUGCCCAGAAUUGGACACAAUAUUCCAGGUGUGGUCUGACCAAGGCAGAAUAGAGUGGGACGAUUACUUCCCUUGAUCUGGACACUAUACUUCUGUUGGUGCAGCCUAAAAUAGCAUUAGCUUUUGUUUGCUGCUGAAUCGCACUGUUGACUCAUAUUAAGCUUGUUGCCCACCAAGACCCCUAGAUCUUUACAAAAGCCAGGUGUCCCACAUCUUAAAUUUGUGCAUCUGGUUCUUCCUGCCUAAGCGCAGAACCUUACAUUUGUCCCUGUUGGACUUCAUUUUGUUAGCUUGGGCCCAGUUCUCCAAUCUAUUAAGGUCAUUUCGCACCAAAGACCUGACUGCAGAUGAGCUCUGUCCAUUUCUUCCCCGUAUGGAGAAUUGGUUGGUGUCUUCAUCACAAAACCCUUUAGAGCUUUCGGCUUUGUUACGUUUGCUGACGAUCAGAUUGCCCAGUCCCUUUGUGGCAAGGACUUGAUCAUAAAAAGGAAUCGCCAUAUCUAAAGCUGAACCUAAGCAUAAUAGCAGUAGACAACAAAGAGGAGGUGAUUGUAAAUCUGGAAACCACCAAUCAGAAUAAGCAGUUAUUCCAUCUUUUUGCAUACUGAGAGUACUAUCUCCAGCCCCUCCUUGUCUGUCAGUUAAGAUCCCCAGUGACAGUUAAACUGACUUCACCAGACCAGAAUGAAGAUGGGCCCCAUCAAAUGCAUUGCAAUCCACCUUACGGUACCAUACGAAUAAUACAUACAGUGGUACCUUGGGUUAAGAACUUAAUUUGUUCUGGAGGUCCGUUCUUAACCUGAAACUGUUCUUAACCUGAAGCACUAAUGGGGUCUCCCACUACCACCGCAGCGCUGCUGCGCAAUUUCUGUUCUCAUCCUGAAGCAAAGUUCUUAACCCGAGGUACUAUUUCUGGGUUAGCGGAGUCUGUAACCUGAAGCAUCUGUAACCUGAAGCAUCUGUAACCCAAGGGACCACUGUAAUGCACAACACCCAUUAAAACACUGCUUAAACUAACAGAGUUUCUUUGCAGAGGCUAGGGGAGAAGACGGGAAAAGAGGCAGAGAAAAAAGAGGGAAGCUGUAUGGACGAGGACAGGAAGUGUUUGGGGUUGUCAAACACAGCGGCAGGCCAGAAGGAGGGAAUGGAGUGAAAAGGCAGGUGGGAAACAGAGAGAAAGUGUGCAAUGAAUGUUAGGCAAGCCAAACGGGGUGGUGUCCAGUGGCGAUGAAAGAGGGCAACUGAAGCCUUUGAGUUAGGUCCCGUCAGCAGGGAGAAUUGGUUCUGAUUCCACCGACUGUUGGGCCUUAUCCACAACAUACAGCUAAAGCACUAUUAUGCCAUCUUCGCAGUCACGGCUUGCCCCCCUCCCACAAAGAAUCCUGGGAACUGUAGUUUGCUACAGCUGCUGGGAGUUGUUAAGAGAUCCAUAUUCCCCUCAUGGUGCUACAGUUCCCAGAGGGAGGCGGCCACUUUGGGCAGCAGAUACUGAGGGCUGGGGUGCAAGGCGUGUGCCACGAGGCCUGCCAUGGAAGCCCGUGAGGUGCAGAGAAGGUUUCUUCACCAGAUGUGAAGUAUAGUGGUACCUCGGGUUAAGAACUUAAUUUGUUCUGGAGGUCCGUUCUUAGUCCAGCCCUGGGACUGAACCUUUUGUGAUUACAGUCAUACCUUGGGUUAAAUAUGGUUCGAGAGCGCGUUACUUCCGGGUUUUUCCGCUUGCGCAUGCGCAGACGCUCAAAAAGGACAUCACGCACAUGCGCAGAAGCGGCGAAAAGCGGCGCACGCGCACGCAGACGCACCAUCGCUAGUUACGUUUAUCUCUAGAUGUGAACAGGGCUCCGGAACGGAUCCCAUUCGUAUCUAGAGGUACCACUGUAGUUCUGCUCCCACUGACCGACGGAGACCCUGCCGCCAAACCUACAGCCUCUUGACCCACCCAGAUGCCAGAACCGUUGAAAUUACAAAUCACCAAGCCUACAGCCAAGCAUACCUCCAAUCUUGGAUCAAAACAGGGAGGGGUAUCCUGUGGCCCGCCAAAGAUUGUUGGCCUCUGCCACCCAUCAGGCCUCUGCAAGAACAGACAGCGCUCAGAGUUGAGGGAAAUUAGAGUCUCAGCAGCAUUUGAAGGCCACAAUGUCACCAUCUCUGGAGUAAGAGGUUCCAGGGAAGAGGGAACAGCAUCCCAUUGGGAAUCUGGUGUUUCUCGGGUUUAAUAAUAAUAAUAAUUUUUAUUUAUAUCCCGCCCUCCCCAGCCAAGGCCGGGCUCAGGGCGGCUAACAAGCAAUAAUAAAAACAAGUUGAAUGAAUACAACUUCAGGGGACACAGGAGAAAUUGGGGCUUUAAAAUUCUUCUAUUUUAUUUCUUUUUAUUUAAUGUUGAUUUAAAGCAUUUUUCUUUCUUGUUUUAAUAUUAUAUAUAUAUAUAUGUAUGUAUAUAUGUGUGUGUGUGUGUAUAUAUAUAUAUAUAUAUAUAUAUAUAUAUAUAUAAAAUCCUUUUUCCAACAAUCCUUAUUAUCACAGUAUAAUCCUUUUGACUCUGCCGAGUCUUGACUUCCCUCUCUCUCAGCAGCUGGUAUAUACGUCACAUACUUAUUGCGUAUAUUAUUGUCAUAACUCUACUAUUUUACAUUGAAGGUAUUAUUCCAGUCCUGCUAGUGUCCUUAAGCUUUUGCUGUUCUCCUUUAAAUAUUCAAUAAAUUUACUCCAAUUGUUAUUGUAUCUGUGGUCCUCUUGGUCCCGGAUCCUCCCUGUCAAUUUGGCAAGUUCCACAAAAUCUGUCAUCUUCACCUGCCACUCCUGGAUGGUUGGUAAAUCUUGUAUUUUCCAUUUUGGGGCCAGUAGGAUUCUCGCGGCGGCUGUGGCAUACAUAAACAAAUUCUGAUCUUUUAUUUUAAUCUCUCUUAAAAUUCUUCUGAUUGCCAGGUAUAAGCCAACUUCGAAACCUGCAGAACUCUAUGCUGGCCAGCCUGAAAGUCCCCGUGAGCUCGUCAGCUUUGGAAUCAGCUCGCCGAAGCGCUGGAAAAGCUCUUCACAUCCUCCAGAAAUUCUACAGUAACACCAACUGGGUUGAGCUGGGAAAAACCAAACCUUACGAACACCUGCGUAAGUCCCAGUGGUGAUGCAAAGAUAUCAGCUGGUGGGUGUCACCUCCCUCCUUGGGCUGGAUGUUGAUUUCAGACGGAAAUCGUCACAAAAUCUGUUGAUUAAAAUUUAAGGUUACCAGAUGUCCCCAUUUCCCAGGGACAGUCCCCGGAUUUACAAAUCAGUCCCCAUACAAAAUCCAUUGAAGUUGAAAAGUGUCCCCGGAUUCAUUGAAAAAAAAUCUGGUAACCUUAGAUUAAAUCUAAGACAACUUAAAAGGUAAAGGAAAAGGGACCCCUGACCAUUAGGUCCAGUCGUGGCCGACUGGGGUUGCGGCGCUCAUCUCGCUUUACUGGCCGAGGGAGCUGGCGUACAGCUUCCGGGUCAUGUGGCCAGCAUGACUAAGCCGCUUCUGGUGAACCACAGCAGCGCACGGAAACGCCGUUUACCUUCCCGCCGGAGCGGUACCUAUUUAUCUACUUGCACUGGCGUGCUUUCAAACUGCUAGCUCACCCCGUCGUGGGGAUUCAAACCGCCAACCUUCUGAUCGGCAAGCCCUAGGCUCUGUGGUUUAACCCACAGCGCCACCCACGUCCCUAUAAGACAAUUUAGAAGGCUCAAAAGAAGCUGAUGAUACUGAACCUUCCAAAAAAGAAGCUGAUGAUACUGAACCUUCCAAAAAUUAAAUUAUUCCAAUCAUAGUAAAAUUUCUCUCUCUCUCUCUCUCUCUCUCUCUCUCUCUCUCUUCACUUUUUUUGCAAUCCUUAAUGCUGUUGUUUGACCCUGCCCUGUUUGACCAUCCUACAGAGUUAGACAAAUUCAUUCGAACUAGUCAGUGGGAAUCAGUCAAGCGUUCCAAAGAACCUUUUGCAUUUUUUACUGAGCAAAUUUUAAAAACAUAUAGCCUGCUUUUUCCACUUGUGGUCUCAAAUCAGUUUACAGAAUCGUGAUAAAUCUGUCUGAGCUGCUGAAUUACAGCUUUAAGAGAAGUUCGUUGUUGUUGUUGUUGUUGUUUAGUCGUUUAGUUGUGUCUGACUCUUCGUGACCCCAUGGACCAGAGCACGCCAGGCACUCCUGUCUUCCACUGCCUCCCACAGUUUGUCAAACUCAUGCUGGUAGCUUCGAGAACACUAUCCAACCAUCUCAUCCUCUGUCGUCCCCUUCUCCUUGUGUCCUCCAUCUUUCCCAACAUCAGGGUCUUUUCCAGGGAGUCUGCUCUUCUCAUGAGGUGGCCAAAGUAUUGGACCCUCAGCUUCAGGAUCUGUCCUUCCAGUGAGCACUCAGGGCUGAUUUCCUUCAGAAUGGAGAGGUUUGAUCUUCUUGCAGUCCAUGGGACUCUCAAGAGUCUCCUCCAGCACCAGAAUUCAAAAGCAUCAGUUCUUUGGCGAUCAGCCUUCUUUAUGGUCCAGCUCUCACUUCCAUACAUCACUACUGGGAAAACCAUAGCUUUAACUAUACGGACCUUUGUUGGCAAGGUGAUGUCUCUGCUAAAACAGCAUCUUUCCCCCUUUCCUGUGUGUUCUACAGUAAACCCAGCCAGUCCUGUUUUCCCGGUUGCUCCUGCUUCUAAGAAGACCUGUGACAACUGCAAAAGGCUCCCAGGGUAAGUCUCAUAUUCUCCCCUCACCUCCUUCCAUGGGCUUUGCUAUGUACUAAGCUUGGACCCUAGAACAAUAGGCAGGUAGGAUCCUAGAAUGAUUGGCUCGCAGGAGAAGACCAAUCAGGCUCCAGGAGGGAGUUAAUCAGCCUAUUAGGCUGGUAGGUUCGUAGAAUGCAACAACUGAUAGGCCUGCAGGAGAAGACCAAUCAGGCUCCAGGAGAGAAGCAGAAUCAGCCAAUCAGACGGGACUCAUUGUGUAAAUAAUGUAUAUAAAAGCCUGAGGUUUGGGGGGAAAUUCCAUCACUGUUUUACAAGCUGCAAUAAAGAGCAUGAAAUCACUACAGGACUCUAUUUCAGGCUUACUGAGAACUGGUUGAACCUAUUGUUCUAUUGCUGGCGCAUGAGCUGGUGGCAACAAAGGAGCAUUACUCCCUGUGUAACCCUGUGGCACCUUAAUUCUUUUCCUCCUUUCUUUUGUGGUCUCCCACUGAGAGAGAGGGCUCAUCCAUACUUCCUUUUGUGCUGUGUUUCUAAGCGCAGAAACUCCUCUGUUUAUGCUCCUCAAACCCAAAGAGAUGCUACGUCCCCUACCCAUUUGUGCCAAAAAAAAUGUAAAGCGGAUGAAUUCAAUUCGUAACUAUUAUCUAAAUAAACUCUACUUUUUAAUCUUCCAGACAUAUGGUAAAACCAAGUUAUACUUAAUGCGUCCCAUGCUCCUAAAGUUACAAAAUGACUUUUGCCGUGUCAUAGAAUGAUAGAACUGUAGAGAUGGAAGGGACACCAAAGGUCAUCUUGCCCAGGCUUCCUCAACCUCGUCCCUUCAGAUGUUUUGAGACUACAAUUCCCAUCAUCCCUGACCACUGGUCCUGCUAGCUAGGGAUCAUGGGAGUUGUAGGCCAAAAACAUCUGAAGGGCUGAGGUUGAGGAAGCCUGAUCUAGGCCAACAGUGUCAAGAGGGCUUUUUAAAAAAUAUUGUAUUUUUCCCCUGAAAAUUGUGGUGUGUUUUUUCUUGGGGGAAACAGGAAAAAUUGUGGUUCCCCACCCCCCCAUGGCUUCAAUACUUCCUGAAAUUUUUUAUCUGCUAUUAAGACUCCAACUCCUGCCAGCCCCAGGCAGCAAGGCCGGUGGUCAAGAAUGAUGGGAGUUUAAUCCAACAACGUCUAAGGAUCACAAGUUCCCCAUCCCUACCAAAAACACUGGCAUAUACCUUCUCUCAACUAUUUAGUACUGUAUUUUCCGGCAUAUAAGACGACUGGGCGUAUAAGACGACCCCCAACUUUUGUAGUUAAAAUAUAGAGUUUGGGAUAUACUCGCCGUAUAAGACUACCCCUCUUCCAGCACACACCAAAUAAUUUUUUUUUUAAAAAAAGGCUCCAGUCCGGCUGGGAAAUCCGCUCCACUUCCCAGUGGCCAGAGGUGCGCUUAAUGCUGUUGUUGGUUCCCUGCCUUUGUUGUGAGCCUUUCCUUUUCUGUUACUGCAGAGGCUGCUUGGACUGAGGCAGCGGCCACGUGUCUAGUUGCUGGGUCAACGCGAGGCCGCCGUUUUGGACCACGUGGUCUACUACCGGAAGCGGUUAGGGUCAUUCUGUUGCUGGUGAUUGGGGGGGCUUCUGGGGCCAAUUUUCAAGCAUAUUUCUGCUUCAUCUAGAGAGCUUGGUGUCCUCUGAUUUAAUUUGCUGUCGUUUUGUCCUUUGGUGGGGAGUUGCUGCAGGAGCUGCUGCUGUAACCGGCGUAUAAGACGACCCCCGACUUUUGAGAAGAUUUUCCUGGGUUAAAAAGUAGUCUUAGGUAAAGGGUAAAGGGACCCCUGACCAUUAGGUCCAGUCGUGACCAACUCUGGGGUUGCAGUGCUUAUCUCGCUUUACUGGCCGAGGGAGCUGGCUUACAGCUUCCGGGUCAUGUAGCCAGAAUGACUAAGCCACUUCUGGAGAACCAGAGCAGAACACGGAAAUGCCGUUUACCUUCCCGCUGGAGCGGUACCUAUUUAUCUGCUUGCACUUUGAUGUGCUUUCGAACUGCUAGGUUGACAGGAGCAGGGACCGAGCAACGGGAGCUCACGCGUCGCGGGGAUUCAAACCACCAACCUUCUGAUCAGCAAGUCCUAGGCUCUGUGAUUUAAUCCACAGCGCCACCCGUGUCCAAAAAGUCCAAAAAUAGUCUUAUACGCCAGAAAAUACAGUGGUGCCUCGCAAGACGAAAAAAAUCCGUUCCGCGAGUCUCUUCGUCUUGCGGGUUUUUUCGUCUUGCGAAGCAAGCCCAUUAGAGGUUUAGCGGCUUAGCGCUACAGUAUUAGCAGCUUAGCCGGCUUAAAGAUCAGCUGAUAAGCGGCUUAGCAUCAGCUGUUAAGCGGCUUAAAGAUCAGCUGAUAAGCGGCUUAGCAUCAGCUGUUAAGCGGCUUAAAGAUCAGCUGAUAAGCGGCUUAACCAUCAGCUGUUAAGCGGCUUAAAGAUCAGCUGAUAAGCGGCUUAGCAUCAGCUGUUAAGCGGCUAAAAGAUCAGCUGAUAAGCGGCUUAGCCAUCAGCUGAUAAGCGGUUUAGUGGCUUGGGAAAAAGGGGGGGGAAAGGAAAAAAACCCCGCAGGAACUCGCAAGACAUUUUCGUCUUGCGAAGCAAGCACAUAGGAAAUUCGUUUUGCGAAGCACCUCCAAAACGGAAAACCCUUUCGUCUAGCGGGUUUUCCGUCUUGCGAGGCAUUCGUCUUGCGGGGCACCACUGUACAGUAUUUGGAAAAAUGAAUCCUUGUGCACAACCCUUGGUCUGGUUGGAUGAUGAUGGUGAUUUUAUUAAUCUUUAGAAAGUAUAUUAAAUGUGGUUUGGGCUCAUAGUGCUGAGCAACCUUCCCCUCCUCUCAAAUAAAUUACUGGUAAUCAAAAAGCAUUACAUUUACCAACUUCCACAUUGCUUAACAGAGGCCAGUUCUCAUGUGAUGGAAACAUUGUGGUGGAUGACCUGCUCACAAGUGGGUACAAAGCAGGACAGUGCACGUCCAAACCCAAAGGUAAGUCCAGAGAUCAUUGCUGGAGUUUAUUUUGUUUUGUUACCAGUUUUGUUUUGUUACCAGUUAUUUUGUUUUGUUACCCCUGCUUUGCUUUAUUUUAACACAUGCACAAUAGCUCUAGUACUGUACAGUGGUACCUCGGGUACUUAAUUUGUUCUGGAGGUCCGUUCUUAACCUGAAACUGUUCUUAACCUGAAGCACCACUUUAGCUAAUGGGGCCUCCCACUGCCGCUGUGCUGCCGGAGCACGAUUUCUGUUCUCAUCCUGAAGCAAAGUUCUUAACCCGAGGUACUAUUUCUGGGUUAGCGGAGUCUGUAACCUGAAGCGUAUGUAACAUGAAGUGUAUGUAACCCGAGGUACCACUGUACUGGAAACCAGACGGGUAAAUUCCAGAUUACUUUAGCCCCCGUGAUAUGGUGGUUGGGAGAGGGGUUAUAGUUGUGAUUAAUGUUGUAUUUUAUUAUGGGGGGGGCAUUUCUAAGAAGAGCCACAAAUUUACAGAAACUUGAUAAUAAAAUUUUAAAAAAUUGUCCAGUAGCACCUUAGAGACCAACUAAGUUUGUUCUGGGUAUAAGCUUUCAUAUCUGAAGAAGUGUGCAUGCACAAUACCCAGAACAAACUUAGUUGGUCUCUAAGGUGCUACUGGACAAUUUUUAAUUGUUUUUAUUUAUUUUGUCUGCGUCAGACCAACAUGGCUACCUAUCUGAAUUGAUAAUAAAAAGUAGAUUAAAAUUCCAACUUAUCCAUUAAUAGUAUCAACAUACAGAGACAUAUUUUAGUGGUCUUAUAUUUGCAUUUGAUAUUUGUUUGGAUUUUAAAUUUAUUGCGGAUUUGUUUUUAUUGUAUCAUAAUUAUAUAUAUAUAUACACACAGUGGUACCUCGGGUUAAGAACUUAAUUCGUUCCGGAGGUCCGUUCUUAACCUGAAACUGUUCUUAACCUGAAGCACCACUUUAGCUAAUGGGGCCUCCCGCUGCCGCCGCGCCGCUGGAGCACGAUUUCUGUUCUUAUCCUGAAGCAAAGUUAUUAACCUGAAGAACUAUUUCUGGGUUAGCGGAGUCUGUAACCUGAAGCGUAUGUAACCCGAGGUACCACUGUAUAUGUAUAAACUUAAUAUAAUAAAAUAAAAUAAUAUUAAAUAUUAUAAAAUAAUAUUAAAUGUUAUAAAAAAUAUUAAUAUAUAUAUGCCUGACGUACAUAGAUGCAACAUUGCUCUAAUCCAGUCCAGCUUAUUAUUAUUAUUUCCUGUAUUCUCUUUGUAGGCAAAUGUGGACAUGGUGGAAGAAACGAUCCGCUGCAAUAUUUCUCUCCCACGGGGGGGAUCAACAAGGAGACAAAUGACCCCCGCCUCUCCCCACAUCAUCAGCUGCAUCAACAAGCAGCGGAACUAGCCAUACAAGCCACAAGGGACUUCUUUGUAGGAGAUGGUAUGGUUCACAGUCAAAACCAUAGGGACACCCACAUUUAGUGGCAGAGUUCCAGCACUAGGGAGCGGAGAGCAGUCGGUGGCGUUGCUGGCGCGCAUCCUGGGGGGCAUCCUGGCACCCAGCGCGGAUGGGGGGGCAGCCGUGAUGGCACCCCACCAGGAUCGCACUGCCAGGGGCAGUGUGCUCCCCCCGCGCCCCCUCUUCCUCCGCCAGUGCCCACAUUGUUGUCUUUUCAGCACAAAGUUCAUACUUUUUUCUAUCUUCCAGGCCACUUAUGAUCUUGCUGUUAUUUUAGUCCUUGUAGCUUGGUUGGUAGAGACGCAGGUGGCACUGUGGGUUAAACCACAGAGCCUAGGACUUGCCGAUCAGAAGGUCGGCGGUUCGAAUCCCCACGACAGGGUGAGCUCCCGUUGCUCGGUCCCUGCUCCUGCCAACCUAGCAGUACGAAAGCACGUCAAAGUGCAAGUAGAUAAAUAGGUACCGCUCUGGCGGGAAGGUAAACGGCAUUUCUGUGCGCUGCUCUGGUUCGCCAGAAGUGGCUUAGUCAUGCUGGCCACAUGACCCGGAAGCUGUACGCCGGCUCCCUCGGCCAAUAAAGCAAGAUGAGCGCCGCAACCCCAGAGUCGGCCACAACUGGACCUAAUGGUCAGUGGUCCCUUUACCUUUAUUAGCUUGGUUGGUGGUUUUAGCUCCUGUGGUUUUUGGUGGUUGUUUUCUUCAGGUGUUGUGUUUUGUUUCUGUCCUUAUGUGCUGCCCUUGUUUUUAUGCUUUAGGGAUUUUAUCCGGGGUUGGAUUUUUUAAAGGUAGAUUGGCCCGUUUUGCAUGUCACCUUAAACCAUGGUUAGCAAUGAUUAAAAGGUGAACAAACAUCAUGAUGUCUGAAAUAAGGAUGUAAUUUACAUAGAGGCGAACAGGGUACAGAUCUAUCAUGAAAGUCAAACAGGAUCCAUUCCGGAAGUCGGUUCGACUUCCAAAGCACGGCUUCUGAUUGGCUGCAGGAAGCUCCUGCAGCCAAUCGGAAGCCACAGAAGCCCCAUUGAAUGUUCGGCUUCCAAAAGAACAUUCGAAAAUCAGAACACUCACUUCCAGUUUCCGAUUGUUCAGGAGCCGGAACUUUCGACUCCCAAGGCAUUCGGAAGCCGAGGCAUGACUGUAAUGUCCUGGCAACUGCUACUACUUAGGGGUUUAAACUAAUACAUUUUUUAAAAAGGUAAAGGUAAAGGACCCCUGGCAGUUAAGUCCAGUCACAAACGACUCUGGGGUUGCGGCAUUCAUCUUGCUUUACUGGCCGAGGGAGCCGACGUUUGUCCACAGACAGUUUUUCCGGGUCAUGUGGACAGCAUGACUAAGCCGCUUCUGGCAAAAUCAGAGCAGCACACGGAAAUGCCAUUUACCUUCCCGCCAGAGUGGUACCUAUUUAUCUACUUGCACUUUGAUGUGCUUUCGAACUGCUAAGUUGGCAGGAGCAGGGGCCGAGCAACGGGAGCUCACCCUGUCGCUGGGAUUCCAGCCACCGAUCUUCCGAUCAGCAAGCCCUAGGCUCUGUGGCUUAGACCACAAUGCCACCCGCAUCCCUAUACAUUUUUACUUACCUUUAACAUAUUGUUAUAACUGUUCUUUUAUAGUACAGAGGAACAAGGGACAGAAGGAAUCAUGAGGGAAGUGGUGACUGGCCUCACGGUUUUUCCCACAUCGUAGUUUUGUUUUGCUUUUUACAUAGUUCACACACAAACAUUGUGAUUCGCGAUAUAUCGCCACGUUGAAUAUUAUGAAACCGUUAGCAUGAUGUGGACUUCAAACUGAUUUUUGACAAUGCAUCCAUACCUUGCCCUGCCCUACUGUGUUUGUGUGUGCACGCUAUACAAAAAAUAGCCAAUGUCUCUACAUAGCUCCAUCCUUAUUUCAAAUAUUUUGCAGGUGAUAUAUCACGAUGUUGAAAACCAGCUCUAAACAUAACCUGUUUUCACUCUGCAUUUCACUAGGGUACGGCCUCCUGGACAAGGUGGGCAGCGAUACCUUUAAGAAGUUUUUCAGCCUGGAAGGCUAUUCACUCACCUUUGUAAUAGACACAACUGGCAGCAUGUCAGAUGACAUAAAACAGGCCCAGACCACCUGCAUUGAGCUCAUCCGAAAGUAUUCCAGCUCCCCAGACGCACCCUUUAACUACAUUCUCGUUCCGUUCAAUGAUCCAGGUGAGGAUUUCUCCCACAUGAGUCCACUUGGUCUGGAAUUGCCAUCCUUUUUGCUCACUCUUCACAGUGACCCCAAACAGUGUGUGAUGGCCCACAGGAACUGUGGCCCUCCAAGUUUUAUCAGAGACCAUAACUCCCAUCUUCCCUCACCAUUGGCCCUUAGUGCCUGGGGUGCUGAUGGGAGUUGGAGUGCAACGAGAAGGGGAAGGUCGUAGGUGGUGGUGGCGGCGGCUGCAUUUAUAUCCCAAACGUCGUCUUGAAGGAGCCCAGGGAAUGAUAAAUUUGAAUAAUUGAUAUGCUGCCCUUCUAUAAAUAAAUAAAAAAUUCAGGACAGCUUGCGAACGGAACAAUUAGAAGUGUUAUAAAAGCAACCAUGACAUCGAAAGACAGCAAUCAAAAGUGGUACAAAGCAGUACAGAUCAAAUGUGAAGCUACCCUGUAAUCAAAAGUUUUCUGUGUUGCCCUCCUGUUUCUCAGAAUUGUUUUGUGGCACUGUUUUUAAUAAUAAUAAUAAUAAUAAUAGCUCCAACCCCAGGCUGUCCAGUGCAGACUUCCUGAAUGCAUUGAGGCUUUUCAGGACAACUGAAGUAGAAGCUUCUUCCUUGCAGCUUUGGCUUCUAUCAUUGCUCAUAGAUAGAAGGGCGCGCAGCACGACUGGUAUGCCCCUGAAUUGCACCAUAAUUGUGACAGGUAUUUUUAAUAUAUACAAUCAUACCUCGGGUUACAGCCGCUUCAGGUUGCGUUUUUUCGGGUUGUGGACUGCCGAAACCCGGAAGUACUGGAAUGGGUUACUUCCGGGACUUCCGGGGUGGCGCCAUCGGCAAUGGCGGACUCCCUCUGAACUGGAGGGACCAGCUCCACGCGAAACGGGUCUUUUCCGCUACAGCGAAGCGGGGACCCCUUCAAAAAUCACAGGCGGAUGAAGCCUGUGACCAUGGGACUCGGCGGGCACCCUUAGCGCCCCCCCAACCCGCAAAGGAACCCACUAACGGGCUCCGAAGCGAAGAGGGGACGUGGCGCGGUGCUGAGAGUAAACUGCUUUUGCCGUGGAGCGAAGCCGCAUAGCCGUUGUCGGAGUGCGCUGCCUUGUUCCUGGGACAAUUUGGCUUCUAAAAUAAUCACCCGUGAGUACUUAAAUUUUGGACAAUUGGACUUUAAAUAAGGACUUGCGAGCAGAAAGGAAUUGGACUUAAAAAUUUACUUCAAUUUGGCACUGAAACGGGAAGGUCUAAACAGGAAGUCAGCCUUCCAUUUCUUUGUAGACAGAUUAAAGCAAAGACAAGGUAAACUAGAGCUUAGAAAAUCACUUCUAAAAGAUUAACUUUCAUCAUUUAAAAUUGUGGAACCCCCCUUCGGAAGCAGGAGAAGAAGGGGGGUCUUUUUUGGACUGUUUAAACCUGCAGAAGUGAGUUUAAAGUAAAGUAACUUUCCACCGUCUUGAUCCUGGAGCGGGGUGUCAGGACUGACGUCUUUUUGAAGCUCAUUGACCAGAGACAAACGUUUUUGACAGUUAGCUAAAAGAAGAGAAACAUAGUGAUUCCACUGUUCCCUUUCGCACUUUAAAGGAACAAAUAUUGACAAGAUAUCUGAAAAAGGAAACUUUGUUGCUAGAUUUGUCUUUAAAAGAAAGAACUAAUAGAAGUUUCCCCCCUAGAGGGAGACUGUGAAACUGUAACCAAUUCCAGGAGCUUGCAGCUGUUACAGAUUACAAUCGUGGGAAUAGACUUUGACCUUGAAGGACAAUGUAUUCAGAAGCUCUGUUGUGUGCUCUCUGUAAAACAAAUGCCCUACUGGAACAAUUAAAUGAGAAUACGGAUUUGAUGACUGAUGCGAUCAGAAUUUUUGAACAGGCAGUGGAAACUAUAUGGAGCCCACCCAGGAAUUAAACCAGGAGUGUGCCCUGACAGAACAGAUGAGAGAAGAGGAUGUUGCUGAAUCUUGGGCGCCAGAGAUGGAGGGAGCUGUGGCCCUGCAGGAACAUGAGCUUUUGGAUUUGACAAAUGAACUUGGAAAAAGCCAGAUUUGGAAAGACAAAGUUUGGUUUGGUGUGGAAAUGGGGGGUUGGAUAGACCCCCCCCUAUGCAGGGAUGUUUGGACUUUUUAAGUCUGGCAAUGGGCCGUGAGGUGUUUGGGGCUGUGGGGGCUCUUAAUUUUGGAGGGAUUCUGAAACAUGUUUUUAAAUACCACAUGGAGUUUAGUCUGGACUAUGGAAAAGGGGCGGAUUGGUUGAAAAGGGUCAAAAACAUUGCCAAGCUGGAGUUCCCAUGAGUGAAAGGAGAAUAUGAAGAAGAGCCGCGGAAGAGACAUGGAAGGGACUUAAGGGCCUCGGAUAUAAGGUUACCAGGUUAAUGCGCUAUAUUAAUGGGAUAAAAAGGACUGACAAAACCCGUGACCAGGAGGAAGGGACGCUGGAUGAAGAUUGGAUUGUUUUUAUUGCUUUUCUUUAUUACUAGGAUUGUUUUAUAAAAUUGAUGAAUGUUAGAAAAAUGUUGGAACGAAAUUACUUGGCUUUAGCAAAAAUGUUUAAAUAAUUAGGUAAGAAUAUUAUGGUUAUGAGAAGUUGGUAAAAAUAAGAUUUAAGUUUUAAGCUUUAAGGUUCUUUAUAAGAUAAGAUGAAAAAAGACUAAGGUAAUGUAAUGAAAGAAUAUUAUGAAAUAUGGAAAGGAUUUGCUGCGACAAUCAACAACUAGGAUCCAAAAAAAGAGAGGAGGAGGAGGUCAAAGAAAGAAGGUAAUGAAAGUUGAGAAUUCGAGAAUGAUGGAUUUGUUUUUGUGUGUUUGCUGUGUAUUUUUGAAUAUGUAUUGUUUGAUGUGGUUUGUUUUUUCUUUGUAUUUUUUUCUUUUUUCUUCUUUUUCUUUUUCUGCUUUUUUUUGUAAUUCUAAAAAAUUCUCAAUAAAUAUCAUUUCAAAAAAAAAAAAUACCAUGGAAAAGGUGGUAGGAAGCUGACAAAAAGAAAAAGAGAAAAUGUUUUAUGAUGCGUUGAAAUGUAUGUGUUAAUUUUUUGGAAAACUUAAUAAAAAAUCUGAUUAAAAAAAUGGAAUGGGUUACUUCCGGGUUUCGGUGGUCGUGCAUGCGCAGGAGCGCUGAAUCGCGCUUUGCGCAUGCACAGAAGCACCGAAUCGCAACCCGCGCAUGCGCAGACGCGGGUUGCGAACGUGCAUCCCGCACGGAUCACGUUUGCAACCCGAGCGUCCACUGUAUUUUGUUUCGUUAUUAAAAUGUCAUUGACCCCAUGCUCCCAUAAAGGGGGACAAUAGAAAGUGAACUGAAUAAAUAAAAUACUAGAGAGCAGGGAUAGGCAACUUGGUGCUCUCCAGUUAUUGUUAGACUACAACUCCCAUCAGUCCUAGCCAGCACAGCAAAUGGUCAGGGCUGGUGGGAAUUGUAGUCCAAUGUGGAGGGUGUAAUAUUGGUUUCCCCUGGCUUGGGGUAUGUCUGCAUCUGCAGCGUUCGGUUCAUGUCUUCACAACUCAGUCCCUCUCAUAUGUAUCCCUGCAGGUGUCGGCCCAGUCCAAGAGACUCAUGACGUGGAUGAGUUUAAGUCCUUCAUCUCUAAGCUCAGAGCUGAUGGCGGUGGUGACUGCCCAGAGUUGGCACUAAGCGGUCUGAAGUUGGCUUUGGAGCACAGCUUGCCACGGUCUGCCCUUUCUUCCCUUAUUCCUGAAACAAAUCUUCUUCUUACCCUUGUUCCUCCAGUCCUACUACCACCUUGGCUUGAGUACCCAGAAGUCUGGUGCUCUAUUAAAUCCCUUAGCCUUGGAUUUCUUUCUUUCUUUCCAAACUUAGGUUCCAAAGUGGUAAAUGUUUCUGAAUCAUUUGUACAGAAACACUGACAGCUUGAUUAAGCCACAUGGUAUAAUAAUAAUAAUAAUAAUAAUAAUAAUAAUAAUGGUAUUAUUUAUACCUCACCCACACUCUGGGCAGCUCCCAACAGAAUAUUAAAAACACAAUAAACAUUAAACAUUAAAAACUGCCCUAAACAGGGCUGCCUUCAGGUGUCUUCUAAAAGUCUGGUAGUUGUUGUUCUCUUUGACAUCUGAUGGGAGGGCGUUCCCCAGGGCGGGUGCCACUACCGAGAAGGCCCUCUGCCUGGUUCCCUGUAACUUGGCUUCUCACAGUGAGGGAACCGCCAGAAGGCCCUCAGCGCUGGACCUCAGUGUCCGGGCUGAACGAUGGGGGUGGAGACGCUCCUUCAGGUAUACUGGGCUGAGGCCGUUUAGGGCUUUAAAGGUCAGCACCAACGCUUUGAAUUGUGCUCAGAAACGUCCUGGGAGCCAGUGUAGGUCUUUCAAGACUGGUGUUAUGUGGUCUCAGUGGCCACUCCCAGUCACCAGUCUGGCUGCCACAUUCUGGAUUAGUUGUAGUUUCCGGGUCACCUUCAAAGGUAGCCCCACGUAGAGCGCAUUACAGUAGUCCAGCUUGAAGCAUCCAGCUUAGACUCCUUACUGGUAGUAUUCACAUGGUGGCAUGGGAAGAACCAAGGCUUGAUAACUGUUUCUCCCAAGGAGGAGAAUGGCCCAGGGAAGCCUGGCAGGGCAGUUUACACUAUGGUCUUAACCCCUUCAUACAUUUAUUAGACUUAAGCAUGCUGGUUGUAUGAGGCGGCUUAUCCCACAAAUUGCUCGCCUCCCUGUACAGCAUACUGUUAGCUUGUUCAACCCUCUUCCAUAAGAUCCCUUUUCAUCUUUUCCAGGUCUGAGAUCUUCAUCUUUACUGAUGCUGGAGCUAAAGAUGAAUACCUGAAAGAUAAAGUCACCGUCCUGAUUGAUUCCUCUAAGUCUGUGGUGAACUUUGCUCUCACGGGUUAUUGUUCCAGCCGGAAACGCAGAGGUAUGUAAAUCCUGGCAAGUAAUACGUGUCAGCUUCGCCUUUGAGCCGGUGCCAAUGACUGGGCUCAACCUCUUCUGCCUCGACUGGGCCAGGCGAGCUGGGAAGGCACUUCCAGAGACCUUCCACUGCGGGAGAGCAGGUCUAAGUGCAACGGACUCACAAAGCAUGUUCUCCUUCAUGGAGAGCACGUGUUGCGGUGGGGGCCAACAAGGCACUUCAAAGUUGUGGGGCGGGCUAAUUGGCCAUUGGCCACUGUUGUGAUUGGGCUUCCCUUGUUGUUGGGAAGAAGUUAAUGUUGCCAUUUUGUGAUUGACAGCCAGAAAUGUUAAAACUCCCUGCACAAGGCGUAGAGCUUCCUCUUUUCGCCCGUGCAUCGGAUUGCCCGUCUCUCCCUCCCUACAGUUCGCUUUGACCUUGCUAUGCCUGUCAUGGGGUCGUCUGCUCUUGGGGCAGGGGCCCGGUAGGAAUUUUGUCCAUGUGGCUGAUUGGCUGGUGCUAUUUGUUUUUUCCCUACUGUGUAGCAAAUCGUCACAACUUGUAAGGUUACGGUUAGACACUGGUUUAUGGUUUGGUUGGUUGAGGGGCAUGGAUUGGCUGUGCCUGCCCCUCUAAUGCUGCUGCUGCAAAGGUAUUCCGUUAAAGGAAUAUAGGGGCUCACCAUUGCUUUUGUCCGAACCCUGUCAAGGGGCUAGGGCCACGCAAAAGCCCCUGGUUGCAUUUGGGGAGGGCUGAGGGCAGGUUCCCUGCUCUAUCGCUAUCCCCAAAAUGUAUUCCCCUUUUCUGCCUUUCGCAAGCUUGCGAAAUGUCAGUCUGUCCCCACUGGGGGCAGAUAGUCGCAACCAAUGCCUAAGCAACCACUCACAUUUUUUGCAUUUUAAUUAAGUUGUGGUCAAAAUUAUGCCAAAACCCUUAAACAAAAAUUACGUGUGAUGUGUGAGUUAUUUGGGGUGGCUUGGGGACCUUGACACGGAACUUAGAGCUGUGAGCACCAAAGUCAGCAGAGCAUAGCAGAAUAUGAAUCACACGAACAACGGCUCUGAAGCGUAACUUCUUUAUUCUAUUACAGCUACUGCAAACCAAAAUAAACUAAAAACUAAAGACUAACGGAGGCUUCUAGACUGCAUGAGUGUUACAGUUUCUUAUGCAGCCAUCUUAUCUCUACACAGAUAACACUCAGACUCCCACAGAGUCAGGCUGGAGCAGAAGAAGCAAUGAGCAGUUUCCGCCCCCUGCUUUCUGAAAACAUCAUGAGGUUCUCACAAUGGGAGGGGUGAAAUAUCCACAAUAUGAACAGAAAAUGGGGGAGAAAAUGAGGUGGCCUGUGGCCCAACAGCCAUGUUAGUGAAGUGGGGACGACUCCUUUCUGAUCAGCCCACAAAAGUUAGGUAAAGGGACCCCUGACCAUUAGGUCCAGUCGUGGCCGACUCUGGGGUUGCAGCGCUUAUCUCGCUUUAUUGGCCGAGGGAGCCGGCGUACAGCUUCCAGAUCAUGUGGCCAGCAUGACUAAGCCACUUCUGGCGAACCAGAGCAGCGCAUGGAAACACCAUUUACCUUCCCGCCAGAGUGGUACCUAUUUAUCUACUUGCACUUUGACGUGCUUUCGAACUGCUAGGUUGGCAGGAGCAGGGACCGAGCAAUGGGAGCUCACCCCUUCACGGGGAUUCGAACCACCGACAUUCUGAUCAGCAAGCCCUAGGCUCUGUGGUUUAACCCAAAGUUACUGCUCUUUAAAGGGGGGGGGCUCAUCCCAGAUAGGCUGGUGAAAGGGCAGAACAGGAGGGAUGUUUUUCUCUUCCUUUGUAGCCAGCACUGAAACCAAGUGGGCAGGUGGAAGAGGAUUGGAGAGAUCUGCCUCUCCUUCAUCUUCCCACUGACAUGCCUGCAUGGAAUUCCUGGUCUGUAAUGGCUAUGGGGAAAUUUGUUCAAUACAAGACCAUCUGUGUGAUCCAGUCCCAUGCUGCCUCCGUAAUAUAUGAAGCAUGGAUAAGGCAGGGGCACGCUGAAGAUGUUGUUCUUUUUUUCUAUCGCAGGGAACCUGUGGCCCUGCAGAUCUUGCUCGACCAGCUCCCAGCAGCUUCACCCAGCAGGGACAAUUAUGGGAGCUGCAGACCAGCAACAUCUGGAGGGCCACAGUUUUCCCAGCCAUGCUAGAGCAACCAGAGUGAGCUGGAGGAACGAAAAUUUCAGCAUGUCCGCCAAGUGAGCCAGGGCUUCCUAUAUAGGAAUAUGUGGAAGCAGCCUUAUGCAGAGUCAGGUCACUGGUGAACCUGACUCAGGUGUGUCUUCACUGGCUGAGAGCAGCUUUCUAGGACUUCCAGAGGAGCCCUGCCUGGACAUCCCAGGGUCUGAAUUUCAGGCCUUUCGCAUGCAAAGCAUGCAUGUUCUGUUUUGUUUUUUGGUCCUUUGGCAAUACAGCGAAACCUUGGUUCUCAAACGGCUUAGUUGAUGAACAAAUUGGCUUCCGAACACCACAAACCUGGAAGUAAGUGUUCCGGUUUGCAAAAAAAUUUCAGAAGCCGAAAAUCCAGUGUGGUUGUCGGCUCAUGUUUCAGGGGCACCUGCGCCAAUCGGAAGCCACACCUUGGUUUUCGAAUGUUUUGGAAGUCGAAAGGAUUUCUAGAACAGAUUAUGUUCGAGAACCAAGGAACCACUGUAUUGUGCCAGAGCUGCCAAUUGUUUCUGUCUUUGUUGUUGCCUGGUUUAUCAUUAUGGUUUGUUUGUAUCUUGGACCACUUCCAUAUGCCUGCUUUUUUUUCCUUUUGCUUUUUUUUUGGUGGGAGGGAUGCCAACUAGUUCAGAAUUUGCACACUUAAGUGGAUUUGAUGCUCUGGUGCCAAAUAUUAAUAAUAAUAGACUGCUUGCAGUAAGGAAUGUGGGAGCACCCCAAGUUGUCUGGAAGUGAGCCUGAAUGUGUUUUUAAAUUUUCGUGUUUUCUGUUGCAUUGGUCGCCAUCUAGAGGAUUAUAGCAUGAAGUGACUGAUAUAUAGUGUCAUGCUCAUGCACACUGCAAUCUGAACGCUGAGAUUUAAGGAGUUCCACAGCAUACCCUGGGUUGGUUUUCUUUGAAUGAGGCUAAUUGGGAUUGUUUGUGUGGUUUGUUUGCUUCUUUACACAUAUACGCAGGCUGAGCAUAUAAUGCAAAGGUUCACUACAUUCACAUAACAACAGAUCCUGCUCUCCCAUUAGGUUUCUAGUAAAGGUAAAUGUACCCCUGACCAUUAGGUCCAGUCAUGGAAGACUCUGGGAUUGUGCACUCAUCUCACUGUAUAGGCCGAGGCAGCCAGUGUACAGUUUCUGGGUCAUGUGGCCAGCAUGACUAAGCCGCUUUUGGCGAACCAGAGCAGCGCAUGGAAAUGCCAUUUACCUUCCUGCCAGAGCAGUACCUAUUUAUCUAGCUGCACUGCGUGCUUUCGAACUGCUAGGUUGGCAGGAGCAGGGACUGAGCAACGGGAGCUCACCCCGUCACGGGGAUUCAAACUACCGACCUUCUGAUCGGCAAGCCCUAGGCUCUGUAGUUUAGACCACAGUGCCACCUGCAUCCCAUUUCUUUUGUUGUUUAGUCGUUUAGUCGUGUCUGACUCUUCAUGACCCCAUGGACCAGAGCACGCCAGGCACUCCUGUCUUCCACUGCCUCCCGCAGUUUGGUCAAACUCAUGCUGGUAGCUUUGAGAACACUCUCCAACCAUCUCGUCCUCUGUCGUCCCCUUCUCCUUGUGCCCUCCAUCUUUCCCAACAUCAUGGUCUUUUCCAGGGAGUCUUCUCUUCUCAUGAGGUGGCCCAAGUAUUGGAGUCUCAGCUUCACGAUCUGUCCUUCCAGUGAGCACUCAGGGCUGAUUUCCUUCAGAAUGGAGAGGUUUGAUCUUCUUGCAGUCCAUGGGACUCUCAAGAGUCUCCUCCAGCACCAGAAUUCAAAAGCAUCAAUUCUUCGGUGAUCAGCCUUCUUUAUGGUCCAGGGCUCACUUCCAUACAUCACUACUGGGAAAACCAUAGCUUUAACUAUAAGGCUUCGUUGGACAGCCACUUUGCUUUCUUGCAUUUAUCCCGUUUCUAGGGUGCUACAAAUGAAGUCUUACGUCUCUCUCCAGACUCAGUGCCAGGAAUCCCUGUCUGUUGCCCUCUUUUGUGCCCACAUAGACAUCUCAGUGAUAUCCCCUCUCACAGGGGAGGGCAAAGGAAAGGAAAGCCUGCCCCCUUCCAGAAGGAUUCCCAACUAUUUGCUCCGGUGACAAGAGAUCUCCUGAACCUGACCAUCUUUUCAGUUGUGCAAAAGCCCAUCCUUGCAGCCAAGGAGAAUCUGCCAGACUCAUGAGGACACAAGAGCUGUGCUGCCGGGUCAUGCAGAUUUCCCAUCUAGGGUAGCAUCCUGCUCUCACACUGACCAGAUGCCUAUGGGAAGCACACAAGCAACAGGACCUUUAUUAGCUUUUGCAAUUCCCAGCAGCUGGCAUUCAGACACAUAUUGCCUCCAACAACGGGGGAAGUACAUAGCAACCAUGACAAUCCGUCGAGGUCCAGUUGGUUUGACUUUCUUUAGCGGCCUCUUUCUACAACCGGUGUCACAAAAUUUGGGCAGGACCUUUGAGAGAUCAUUCAGAACCAGACCCAUCUUAAAAGGUAAAGGUAAAGGUACCCCUGCCCGUACGGGCCAGUCGUGUCCGACUCUGGGGUUGCGCGCCCAUCUCGCUUAAGAGGCCAGGGGCCAGUGCUGUCCGAAGACACUUCCAGGUCACGUGGCCAGCGUGACGAAGCUGCUCUGGCGAGCCUGCACCAGCGCAGCACACGGAAACACCAUUUACCUUCCCAUUAUAAAGUGGUACAUAUUUAUCUACUUGCACUUAAGGGUGCUUUCGAACUGCUAGGUGGGCAGGAGCUGGGACCGAACGACGGGAGCUCACCCCACCGCGGGGAUUCGAACCACCGACCAUACGAUCGGCAAGUCCUAGGCACUGAGGUUUUACCCACAGCGCCACCUGCGUCCCCCAGACCCAUCUUAUAUUGUGUAAUUAUUAUAAGCAACUGCUGCCAAAAGCUGUGGUUUGCCUUUCCUGCUUGUGGGAUGUGAAACACAAGAGCAGUCAAGUACAACAUUCCUAGAGUGAACAUGUUUACACAAGGGGAGGAAUGUUUGUCCAGCCAGCAGGUAAACUUCCUGUUUCCUUCUGGGCUGGGACAGACUUUCUCUGCAUGUGACUAGAGGUGGGCAUGGCCUCACCUGUGCAGGUAACGACAAAAGCACAGGGCAGGGCAGCCAUCUCUCUCUCUCUUGGCCUCCAGCCAAGAGACGACAAAGGGACUGUCUCCUUAUGAGAUAGUUUCCAGGUAUAUGUUACUUUUCUAAGAUAAGUCUGCCUUCUGGGAUCUGAUUGUGAACAGAAUGUGAGUGAAUAAACUCUUUUUAUACUUUUACAGGAGACUGUGUCAUGUCUUAUCUUUUUUGAGGGAAUAAGAGGAAAAUACCAGAACAUUUAUUAUAGAGGCUUUAGCGAGCCUGAGCAAACGCAUCCGCUGUGAGUUUAAAAAGGGGAAUGUUACUCUGGUAAAUUGUGAACUUGUUUACACAAGUUGGAAAAGCUAUAAUCAAACAAUAUAUCCUCUCCUGCAUCCCUGAACAUUCCCACACUGCUAUGAACAGAGAAAGGGAGGAGACCAGGUUUCAAGACAAAACUCCAUCCUUCCUCUCCACAGGUGCUGCCGAGGAGGCUUCCGGGAGAAGUUAUGCUAACAUCUAUGAACAACUAGCUGCAUAUUCCGGAGGCUUCUAUGUGAAGACCACCAAAGGCGAACUUGGCCAGGUCUUGGGCAUCAUGGAGCUGUCUCUGAAUGCUGCCCCUGUCAAAGUGGUCCAUAAGCACUUGGAUGGAUCUCAGCUCUCUUUCCCUGUGGAUGAGACCCUCACAGAAAUCACUGUCUCCGUCAAGAGCUUAAGCGCCUCAGGAUUCACCGUUUUUCUGCUGCAGCCUUCAGGUACGAUUUGUUGUAAUGCAGAGGAUGAAGCAGAAAGCUUUCCUGCAGGUGUAUAACUGGGGGCAGGGGCUAGAAUUCUGAUUCCUGUGUAAGUCACAGGACAUCCUCUACAUCAGGGAUGGGGAACCUUUUGCAGCCGGAGGGUUGCCCUUCUAAACCACUGUCAUGAGCAAGCCAGCAGUAAAUCACACCAGGCAAGUUAGAGUUAACUCUUUAUUAGCAAAAACAGGAGUGUCAGGCCUAAUGAGCAUAGCAACUCACCUCCGGUAGGUCUUGCCCCCCAAGAAGCAAUCAGAGACUGCGCCUGCAAGUCACCAAUCUCUCCUCCGCUCUUUUCAUGCCUCUCCUGGGUCUGGGAGACCAGUGGGGAGGGGAGUUUGUUGCAGCAGGAUGAGGAGACACCUGUGCCUCUUCCCCAGCCAGACUCAUCUCUGCCUCUCUGCCUUCCUCCCCUCCUGCUUUAGUUUCUGCCUCUGAUUCUGGACUUCUCUCUGCCACAGACUCUCCCAGCUCACUAAUCUCUGUUACCUCCUCAGCUUCCGACACCGCCUCUUCCCAAUCUUCUCCCUCUGAACCACUCAUCAUGGUCCCACCACCUCUCCCCGGGCUCUGAGCCUUCUUCCCUUGGGGGUUCCCUGACUGGUUCUUCCCAACAUUCCUCUGUGUCCAACUAGUCCGUGACAGCAACAUAGCUGUCAACCGUCCCUUAUUUGGCGAGAAAGUCCCUUAUCCCAGCGCCGUGUCCCACUGCUGUCCCUUAUUGAUGAUGUCCCUUAAAUUUCCCGGGUUUCAUAGGAAGCAGCUCCUCUCCCUCCCUCCCUGCCGACCAGGGAGGGAGGCUCCAACUGUAUUGCUUGGCUGCGUUGCUCACCCAAUAAGGAGUCUAAGAACGACUGGGGGGUGGAGCUUGCAUGUCUUGUGCUGAUCAAGUCAGCCACGUUGCCUGGGGACUCGCCUUUGCUCAGCGCUUCCCAGCGGAGAGGUGACGGUGGUUUUCCUUGCUGCAUCCCCUUUGCCGGGUUGCUGCGCUGUGGGAACCACCGCUUGAGGCUUCAUUUGGCUGCUGGCUGGGCUUUCUGCCUUUGGCUCGGAGGCGCUCAGAAGUUGAACAUACCUGUGCUUGGAAAAUCCCUUAUUUUGGCUGCUGCUCCCUUAUUUUCGAGGCUGCUGGUCCCUUAUUUUCAAAACUGUAAGUUGACAGCUAUGGACAGCAACCUUCAAAGGCCUACAUAACAAUAGUGUGUGGAGCAAUGAGUGGAAAUGUUACCUUCAUACAGCAGCCUAGUCAAUCAUACAUGCCUCCCUAUCUUCCAACCAGACCAGCAAGCGACAUCUUCACAGUUCAAGGACAUAUUCCAGCCAGGCCCAAACACUCAAGGCAGGUGCAAAGCAGGGGCAGUGAGGGGUGUUGUCUGAAGAGAAGGGGGUGGCUGGGGAGAGUUCUGAGGGCCAGGCAUCUCUCCAUCUCCUGCAACCUUGUCUGUCUUUGUGUCAUCCUGGGGCAGGUGUCUCGCCAUCCACUCACACAGUGAUCAACACAGCCAGCCACAAGAUUGUGAAGGUGUCCCCCAUCCCUGAGCGGGGCAUGUGGACCGUGACUGUCUCUCCCAUCGGCUCCUACGAGGUGGAAAUCGGAGGCAAGAGCUUGCUUGACUUUUCCUACCAGAUUAUGCAGAAGCAGAAAGAGUACGUGCUUCCGGUCCAGGGAAAACCUGUGGAAGGUAAGUUUUCCGGGAUGUGAAGCACCCACACUGAGGGCAGAAUUAUCUGGCAUUGCUGUUGUUUUUUAAAGACUUAAAAAAGCACCUAUCCUUUCCCAAGAGUUGUACAGAGAAUUACUGAAUGUAUUUUCUCUCAAAAUACAGUGGUACCUCGGGUUAAAUACUUAAUUCGUUCCAGAGGUCCGUUCUUAACCUGAAACUGUUCUUAACCUGAAGCACCACUUUAGCUAAUCGGGUUUCUCGCUGCCACCGCGCCGCCAGAACACAAUUUCUGUUCUCAUCCCUAAGCAAAGUUCUUAACCCGAGGUAAUAUUUCUGGGUUAGCGGAGUCUGUAACCUGAAGUGUAUGUAACCUGAAGUGUAUGUAACCUGAGGUACCACUGUAUACAUUUUGAUAAUGCAUUGCAGCCAAUCAAGAAUCCUGCAAACUAGCUUCUGAUCUGCACUUUAGUGUUGGAAAAAUGCCCUGGGGGUACCUGCAAGCCCCCAGAACUCUGAGCGUCCUCCGAUGUGCGCAACACUGGAAAAGGUAUCUCCCUUCUUCUCCAGGGCACUCCAGCGACAUAAAUCAAAUGAUGUAUGCACACUAUACUUCUAGCGUUACACAGCAAGAAGUGUGAGACAGCGUAGAUCUAAUCUACUAUUUAUUUACACACUAUAUACAGACAAAGGAGUAAUGGCGUCCGUUCUCUCCAGCUCCGAGAGAACAAAACAGACAGAAAUAAACGCAAAAGUACAGUGAAACAGUACCCGCAGCGGAAGAGAUAAGAUGUUCUUCCUUUCCCAGGCUUGUCCCAGACAGGCAGACAGAGAUUUACAACAAUCUCCUAGACAGAGAUUUACAACCAUCUCAUCUGCAGCACCGGCUGCAUGAAAUACUAACAUUUAGUCCAAAAGAUGCAGAGGAUCAUCAUUUGCUAGAUACCGCAGGAGGGAGGAGCGGCUGUCGUGCUCAGGUUCUGCUUGCAAGCUUCCCGUGGGCCUCUGGUUAGCCACUGUGAGAACAGUACAGUGGACCAGGUGGGCCCUUGCCUGAUCCAGGAAGGCUGUUCCUGUGUGCUUCACAUUGGACUUCACAAAGGUCAAAUUCCUUAAUCAUCCCUGGUUUGGCACAAGGGCCUUUCCAUUCACCUACAGCCAGAGGUCCUUCCAACUGAAGAUAAUAAUAAUAAUAAUAAUAAUAAUAAUAUUUUUUUAUUUAUACCCUGCCCAGCCAAGACCGGGCUCAGAGCGGCUAACAACCAAUAAUAAAAACAAGUUGAUUAAAGUACAAUUUAAAAGAUUAAGAUACAACAUUAAAACAUUAGGGUGCAAUCUCUUCAUAGGAGGAGAAAGGAAAAAGAAAGAGAGGGAGGGAAUCAAACUGAUUCCAAGCCAAAGGCCAGGUGGAACAACUCUGUCUUACAGGCCCUGCGGAAAGAGAUCAGAUCCCGCAGUGCCCUGGUCUCAGGAGACAGAGUGUUCCGCCAGGCCGGAGCCAGUGUUGAGAAGGCCCUGGCUCUGGUUGAGGUCAAUCUAACUUCCUUAGGGCCCGGGACCUCUAGGGUGUUGCUAUAUAUGGACCUUAAGGUCCUCCGUGGGGCAUACCAGGAGAGGCGGUCCCGUAGGUACGAGGGUCCUAGGCCGUGAAGGGCUUUAAAGGUCAAAACCAGCACCUUAAAUCUGACCCUGUACUCCACCAGGAGCCAAUGUAGCUGGAAAAGCAAUGAUGCCAGGAAUGAAUCCUUCUGUAUUCGAGGCAGAACAUCUACCACUGAGCUGUGGCCUUUUCUACUCUCAUUCAGUUGACAAAAGCUUCUGAGCCUGAUCACCUGCUAUCUUGGUCUUACUCGCCACAGGUGACCAGCCAAGUGGGUAGUCUAAAAUCUCCACUGUUGUUGCACAUGAAACUACAACAGAAAUGAAGUACAAACCAACCACACAUUAUAUCCAGUAAAGAAAAUUCUGCUUUCCAGACUGUGAAAAAUACAGUGGUACCUCAGGUUACAGACACUCCAGGUUACAGACUCUGCUAACCCAGAAAUAGUACCUCGGGUUAAGAACUUUGCUUCAGGAUGAGAACAGAAAUCGUGAUGCGGCAGCAGGAGGCUCCAUUAGCUAAAGUGGUACCUCAGGUUAAGAACAGUUUCAGGUUAAGAACAGACCCCCAGAAUGAAUUAAAUUCUUAACCCGAGGUACCACUGUACCCCAAUUAGCUCAGGAUGCAACUAUAAGUCCCAAGAGGGGAAACCCAGCCAGUGUGGUGUAGUGGUUAAGAGCGGUAGUCUUGUAAUCUGGUGAACCGGGUUCGCGUCUCCACUCCUCCACAUGCAGCUGCUGGGUGACCUUGGGCCAGUCACACUUCUCUGAAGUCUCUCAGCCCCACUCACCUCACAGAGUGUUUGUUGUGGGGGAGGAAGGGAAAGGAGAAUGUUAGCCGCUUUGAGACUCCUUCGGGUAGUGAUAAAGCGGGAUAUCAAAUCCAAACUCAGUGGGGACAUUGCAUUGAUAGCGGAGGAAGAAAGACCAGAGGAUCUCCAGUGAAACUAAACUGACUUUCUGCAUUUUUGUUGCAGGCUCAAAUUACACUGUGUCCCUGAGGCUGAUGGAAGAUACUAAAGGUGCUAGGAUCCAGCGCCUGGUCCCUAUCUCUGGAUCAGGGAAGCCCAUGGAUUCCAUCUCUUUGAAACAAGCCUUUGAUGCCCUUGAAAGCCCCUGGGCGAUUGCCCCCGUUUCCUUAGAUAACCCAGUAAGUUCUCUCUCCCAUGUUUUUAGCUAAAGCAGGGAUCUCCAGCCCAGGGUCUGAUCACAGCCCUCCAGGCCUGAAGUUCUUUGCCUAGGCAACACUGCUACAGACACUGACAGGAGCGCUGACUUGGCCUCCAGCUUAUGGGCGCCCAAUGGUGCCCAUGACGUAACGUGACAUCAUGAUGUCCUGAUGACGUUGGCAGCGUUGCGAUGCUUCCAGGGCCUCAUUUCCAAGACCUCUCACACGACUUCCAGUUUCUACCACGUUCGGAGGGUCUUGGAUGUCGCUUCUGAGACGUUGCCAGGUCUCGGAGGCCAUGUCCCAGGCCUUGCAAGACCUCCAACGUUGACUUCCGGUUUCUACCAGAAGUUGUGUUCUGAGGCUCUGCAGGGCCUCAGACAUCGUCUGGGAGGUUGUGUUGGGGUCUGACGCAACUUCCAGUAGAAACUAGAAGUCGUGUUGGAGUCCCGCAUUGUGGGCACCCACCCAAAAAAAGUUGUGGGUCCCCUGGCACCCAGGGCUCCCUAGAGCUGGCGCCUACGGACACUGAAAUUUGACAGUUGGAAGGUUCAGUUCUCGGCAACCCUGAAAUCAUUCGCUGUGAGGAUAUGUGACUGUCUUGAGAUGUUUUUAGAUGUCUUUGAGACAAGGUGGUGUAGUGGUUAAAGCGUUGGACUAGGACCUGGGAGACUAGGGUUCAUGAUCCCUGCUCAGCUGUGAAACUCACGGGGUGACCUGUAACAUUCUCUCUCAACCUAAUUGACCUCACAGGGUUGUUUUGAGGGUAAAAUAGUAUAGGUGAUUGAUUUGCUUUUUCUUAUUUAUUUUCUGUCAUUUCCUGCUCUGGACUUCUUUGGAAGUAAGGGCAGGAUAGAAAUGUAAGAGACGGAUAAAUACAUGAACUAGCCUGCUACCCUCAGGUGCAGUGCAGGACACUGUUCUGUGGCGCGUGUUGAAGUAAGUCUUAUCUGCCAAUCUGUUGGGCUUUUCUAUAUGGAGGGAGUCACCAUUUUGCCCUUUGCCUCAAGAAGCAAAAUGUAUUGGGCCACCCCUUCCUGGAGCCCAAUCCGUUCCGUUACUGAGAGGGAGUGGGGGCCAAGGAGAAGCAGUUGCUCCUCCUCCUUGCUCCUGACACUUGCUCACUUCAGAUGUUCCCAGGCCACAGCAGGUUCAGACUAUGGCAACAUGACAACAGGCCUUUUCUGUGGUGGCUCCCUGACUGUUGAAUGCUCUCGCGAGAGAGCCUUGCCUGGCACCUUCAUUCCUUGUCUUCAGGCACCAGGCAAAAACAUUCCUCUUUACCCAGGCCUUCAGCCAUUAAACAAUCUAUGGCUUGUUAAAGCUGAGGGGGUGGUUGUUAUUAUAAAUAUUUUAUAAUUAUGCUGUCUGUUAUUAUGUUUUAUUAUUGAUGCUCCAUAAAAUGGGUUCUUUUUAAAAUAUUUUGCUUAUGAAUUUCAGGUUUAUACAUUUCAUUAAUUUUACAACCAUUUUAACAUUUCAGAACUUGACUUCCUUCCCCCUCUUUCUGUGGUUCCUUAAAUUUAUUUUUUAAUAUUUUCUGUAUAUCCAACUUAAUUUGUUCAUUUAUUCAUCUCCUCAAAAUGCAUACUCUUAUAAAACCACAGGUUAUUAUUUUGCCAAUGUUCUUAACUGUUUACAAUUUGUUUGCAAAUAUUCAAUAAACCAUUUCCGUUCUAUAAAAAUGGGUUCUCUAAUGUUGCCCACCACCCUGGGAUCUUUUGAUAAAGGGCAGUAUAUAAAUUGAAUUCAUCAUCAUCAUCAUCAGAGAAAAGCAGGAAUGGGAGAACCCUCCAGAUGCUACCGGACUACAACUCCCAUCAGCCCCAGCCAACAUGGCUCCAAAGUCAAGGGUGAGGCGAGAUGUAGUCCAAGAACUUCUGGAAGGCCACAGAUUCCACAGCUGUGCUGUAAAAGAUCAAUAGCAAUUGUUCUUUCUCCAUUAUCUUUUAGACUACCCUGCUGACUGUGGAAGGCCUGUCUCCAGGGAACCUUCCCUUUUCACGAGUCACCAGCUAUCCCAUCAGCACAGAGUCCGUGCAGAUUGUGCCCCUGCCAAACCAAGAGAGUGAGUGUGGUUCUCUCCCCCUUUCCCAUUGCGAUGGAACAAGCCAGCAGCAGAUAGAAUGUGGUAACGCUGGAGAAGCAUCACAGGACCUAUAAUAAAGCAGAAUAGAUCCAAAGCAAUCUGCAACAUGCACACACCCCAGGUGCUUCCUCGCAGCAGCUACUACCAGUGGUGGUGUUUCCUUGCCGCAACCAACACCCAAAUGCUGAUAGCUGUCUACAUUACUAUUGCAGGUAUUAAUAUUGCACAGCUUUGAAGCAGUAGGAGGCAUAAAAACUGACUCCUCUUUGAAUAAAAAUGGUCCAGGCCCAUAAAUAAGAUUCAGAAGCUUUAAUAGACAGAACUUGCUUCAAAACAAACAAAAUAACAAAUAACGAUACAUUCAGAUUAGUUGUAUAAUAUCACGUGCACGUCCAGCAUAGGUUCCACCUUCUUAAAAAAAUGAAAUAAUUCCAAACAGACCUAAAACCAGAAGUCUGUCUCUCACCACACAGACUCCAUUAGCCUGGAGCUGUUUUCUCUUCGGCAGACCACAUCUUUUGUUCUCUGUGGCUUCCAGAGAAAAACUCAAUGGCCAACUCCCCAAAGUGGCGAUUUGCAACUGAAUACCUCUCUCACAUGACCUAAAAUUAACAGGGAACAUCAACAGUUAAUUAUUAACCCAUCUAGGCUCUCAGAGAGCUCUUCUUAGCUUCAAUAUUGCCCAAUGGAAUUUUCCAGUUAAACCUUCAGCUAUAUACAUACAGGCAUUUUCCAUUUCAAUGUCAAUUACACCACUAUACUUAACAAUUACGAGCAUGUCUUCCUAUUUCUCCAGAUGCAAUGUUGCCUGGUGAGAGCCUGGAGGUCUCUGUCAUGGUGGUGAACAGUGGGCAAGCGGCUUCAUUCUCUUUUGAAGUCUGGGAUGACCAGGGUCUCCUGAGCAGCUUUACACCACCCAAAAAAUUCCUAAACCCAGGAGAGAGCACCCUACUCAACGCAACCUUCACAGCAGCUUUAGGGAGUGACAGCUUUACCUCCAGGUAGGAUGGCAUUGCCCAAAUGGUAGGAAUGAAAGAGAUGAUAGGAGUGGACGUCUGGAGUGAGGAGAGAGAGGAGGUGUCAGGUUCUGAGGGUUCUCUGGGUAGGUAGUAGCCCACGGAAGACUUGGAGCUACUGCACUUGGUACCGAUUAUAAGCUGCCUUAUACAGUGGUGCCCCGCAAGACGAAUGCCUCGCAAGACGAAAAACUCACUAGACGAAAGAGUUUUCCGUUUUUUGAGUCGUUCCGCAAGACGAAUUUCCCUAUGGGCUUGCUUCGCAAGAUGAAACGUCUUGCGAGUUUGUUUCCUUUUUCUUAAAGCCGCUAAGCCGUUAAUAGCCGCUAAGCCAUUAAUAGCCGCUAAGCCGCUAAGCCGUUAAUAGCCGCUAAUAGCCGCUAAGCCGCUAAUAGCCGUGCUUCGCAAGACGAAAAAACCGCAAGACGAAGAGACUUGCAGAACGGAUUAAUUUCGUCUUGCGAGGCACCACUGUACUAGGGUUGCCAUAUUAUCAAAGUGAAAAUCCGGACACAAAAGUCGUUGAGCUUGCUUUGAGGGGGAAGUUGUUGCCAUUUUUAUGAAUAUGUCUUGCUCCAGGAGGUUACUGCUGUUGAAAGGGAGGAGGGAAAUCUCUAUUUUAGCAGUGGCUGCAGUGGACCCCCCCCCCUUUUAUUGAUAGUCUGUCCCAGUGCUGUUCUCUGAACCUCUGAAAACCACAGGUACAACGAUCAGUGCAGGGCUGCACAUCGUUUUGAACCUCUGAAAACCAGCAGCAUGGGGCUGUUUGCAAAAGGGCUUUCAAACAGCCCUGCACUGCACUUUGAAGUCCCAACAAUCGGUGCUUCAAAGCACAGCAUCACCUGAACAGCACAAUUACAUCAAGUGACAGGUGGGAGACCCCAACCCCACCCACCUGUCCAAUUUGGCCCACCAGGGUGGGGAGAGAAGGAGAGAAGGCCCACCCGCCAGAAAAGGUUUGCCAACCCUUAUCUAGAUGAAUAUUGUCUACACCAGGGGUUCCCAAACUGGCCUGUGGAUCACAAGUGGCUUCAUUCAGCUGUUCCAUGGAACAUCCACAUUAAAUAUACAUAUUGAUUUCUAAUUGUGUUCUUAAUGCUCCUUUUCCUUCUAACAUUGCAUUUUAUUGUAUUACAAUAUAAAAAAUAAAAGAAGCAAUAGAGAUACAAUGAAAAAGCACAUCCCAUUUCAAUUGCUACAGGAGGCAGAAAAAUCAUUAAGUAGUCCACCAACACCAUCACAAUUUUAAAGCGGUAAAUGUACAGAAAUGUUCUGGGAGCCACUAGUCUACAGUAAAGCUCUUGAAGGUUUCAGACAGGGGACAUUCACAGCCCUAAGAAGGGGGAGCAGAGGAAGAUGGUACCAAGACUCCAGUGUUUUCUGAGCGAAGAAUUAGGAACUGGUGGAUCCAGAUGACAUACUAGUAGGAUACGAUGAUGCAGCACAGCUAAGCUGGAUUGCUGAGGGCAACAAAGUAUAGAUGCUAGACUGUCCCUUCUCAUCUAUAACGCUGCCCCCCCCCCCCCCCGGAUAUACACAGUUCAUAAUCACUGGAUGUUCUUUCAGCACUGCAACGUUCACAGCUCAAAGCUCGGCAGCUCAAAACUACUUGAAACUGCCCAUCAUGGUCGUUCCUGAAACUGCCCUGGUGAGUUUUCACUCCACGUUGAUUUUUCAUGGCCACUGCUAAUAUCCAUAUACCGAAUGCCAACUGAAGGAACACUCCAUUAAUCACUGUGUCAUCAGUGUGGUGUAGUGGUUAAAAGCGGUAGACUCGUAAUCUGGUGAACCGGGUUCAUGUCCCCGCUUCUCCACGUGCAGCUGUGGGGUGACCUUGGGCCAGUCACACUUCUCUGAAGUCUCUCAGUGUCACUCACCUCACAGAGUGUUUGUUGGUGGGGGGGAGGAGAUUGUUAGCCGCUUUGAGACUCCUUAGGGUAGUGAUAAAACGGGAUAUUAAAUCCAAACUCUUCCUCUUCUUAACGUUAUCUGUUCAUUCUCUACCAGGCCCCUGAACUCUAUCACACAAUUCUUGGGUCAGAAAAGUAUUUAAUGUAUAUUUGGCAAUGAGGUAUGUUUAGAAAUGAAUGCAUUGAGAUAAAACAUAGAUGAAGACCUAUGUAUUUCAGGACAAAUUUCCAUUGUUGUUUGGAAAACCCUUCAUGUGGAAAUUGGGCUUGGCAGAUUGAUGAAUGAACAGCAUGUGAAACUGACGAAAACGGACUGAGUCUCUAGCUCAGGGUUGCCAACGUAGUGCCCUUCUGAUUUUGUGGGCUACAAUUCCCAUCACCCACAGCCAGCAUGGCCAAUAGUGAGGAGUUAUGGGAGCUGAAGUCCAAAAUAUCUGGAGAGUACCAUGCUGGAUAAAAUUAAGCAUGUGCCCUAGUUGAUGGUGGCAUUUACUGGUGGAUAAAGGUAAAGGUAAAGGGACCCCUGACCAUUAGGUCCAGUCGUGACCGACUCUGGGGUUGUGGCACUCAUCUCGCUUUAUUGGCCGAGGGAGCCGGCGUACAGCUUCCGGGUCAUGUUGCCAGCAUGACUAAGCCACUUCUGGCGAACCAGAGCAGCGCACAGAAACGCCGUUUACCUUCCCGCCGGAGCGGUACCUAUUUAUCUACUUGCAGUUUGACGUGCUUUCCAACUGCUAGGUUGGCAGGAGCAGGGACCGAGCAACGGGAGCUCACCCCGUCGCGGGGAUUCGAACCGCUGACCUUCUGAUUGGCAAGCCCUAGGCUCUGUGGUUUAACCAACAGCGCCACCCGCGUCCCUUACUGGUGGAUACUCUUUGGUAUUUACCAACCAACAUGUUCUCUACCCAAACAGGAAACAGACCAGAUCUCACCAUCCCACGUCCUCCUAGACUUUAACAUGCCUUGUGCAGGCGGCAUUCAGCACAGACCUACCUGCUCUCAGCGCCUUUGGUACAUGAGCUUUGCUGCUAAGGAUGCUCAAAGUGCUGUCACUGUCCGUGCCACACCAGAGGGAUCUCAACUAUCUUGCAACCCACAGGGGGCUGGUGGCAGCAAGGAGGUCAUUUGUCACUAUCGGUAUGUAUGUCCACGGGCCUCCUCCUGAUGACCUGUUAAUGCAGCAUUUGUCCUGAUUCACUUUUAUGUUAGCUUAUUGAGCCUUUACAUAUUUGCAUCGAAGGAGGAGGCCCCAUUCCUGUUCUCUGAGGAUAAAGGUAAAGGGUAAAGGGACCCCUGACCAUUAGGUCCAGUCGUGACCGACUCUGGGGUUGCGGCGCUCAUCUCGCUUUACUGGCCGAGGGAACCAGCGUACAGCUUCCGGGUCGUGUGGCCAGCAUGACUAAGCCGCUUCUGGCGAACCAGAGCAGUGCACGGAAAUGUGGUUUACUUUCCCGCCGGAGCGGUACCUAUUUAUCUACUUGCACUUUGACGUGCUUUCGAACUGCUAGGUUGGCAGAAGCAGGGACCGAGCAAUGGGAGCUCACCCCUUCACGGGGAUUCGAACCGCUGACCUUCUGAUCAGCAAGUCCUAGGCUCUGUGGUUUAACCCACAGCGAUACCUUCAGUUUAUUUCUUACACAGAUAACCCCCAAAUGAAGGGGAAGGGGGGACCAAACAAGCCGCUUGCAGAAUGUUUUAUGUGAAAAAUCUCUUCUGCUUAUGUAGUGUCAGAGAGCACACACCUAAAGCAGGGUCCUAGAGACCAGGGAGUGAUUCUCUGGUCCUCCUACUAACAGGGCUGAUGGUGAGGAACAGGGACAGAAGACAACUGGAUUUGAGGUCCCGGCAUUCCAGACCAUAAUCAGGUGGUCUCCUUAACCAAUUAUGCACCAGUGUCUUAAAAGACAGGGCCUUUUAAGUGUUGACUCCCUGCUAAUGGAAUGCCCUCCCCUGAAGAGGUCACCUGGCUCCAGCAGUGCCAGCCUUUAGGUUGCAGGUACAAACAGGCUUUUGGAUCUCAAUUUAAGCACGAUGUGGUUUGAAACUGGCCUCAGUUGGUGUUUGCUUUUUAGUGGAGAGAGACUCAAGGCUCACCCACUCUUAACGCUCGCCCCAUGAUUUCUAGGCAUGAGUCUGAGAGGUUGUUCUCUCGUCCCCCCACUUUCCCCCAGGAAAACCUGCUGUUUACUGCUGAAUCGGAACAAACGUCAGUCGGGUUUUCUGCGGAGAAACAGAAGAGUGGAUGAGCCUUCAUUCCAUUCAUUCUUUUUUCACUUUUAUUAUUCUUAGAGUUUAUUCUGUGUUGCGGAAUUUAAGCAUUUGGGGAACUUGUUCUGCAUUUUACCAUUUUCUAACUUGCUUUGGGAUAUUUUGUAAAAAGCAAUGAAUGGAUAAUAAUAAUAAUAAUGGACUUUACCCCUGAAAACACACUCUUCUGUUGUCUACCAAGACAGAUGGGUGCAAACAACAAACCAGCGGCCUCAGUUUGUUCUCAUGGGAAGCUAAAAGAGGUUCAACCCAUGACAAGAACAACUACUGGCCAUGAUUCUCAUCAUAUGUGAACACAACAAAAUACGCACUGAAGACAAUCUACAUACAGUUUUUAUCUUAGGUUGUCAGAUGUCAAGGAAGUGCAACAGAGCUGUCCAACAGCGCCCUCUUGAGCUUAAUUUGGGAAAGCUGAACAGCAAUGAUACCUACAGAGGUACCUCUGGUUACGAACUUAAUUCCUUCCGGAGGUCCGUUCUUAACCUGAAACCAUUCUUAACCUAAGGUACCACUUUAGCUAAUGGGGCCUCCUGCUGCCGCCGCACCGCCAGCGCGCAAUUUCUGUUCUCAUCUUGAGGUAAAAUUCUUAACCCGAGGUACUGCUUCCGGGUCAGCGGAGUCUGUAACCCGAAGUGUUUGUAACUCGAGGUACCACUGUAUUGAGAAUUGUCAUAUUAUCCCCAAAGCUCGUUCGUUAGGAGAGGGGUGAGAUUUUCCUCCUCCAGUUGUUUCCAGGGCUCCAACCUCUUAUUUUCCCCCAUGCUAGUUAACAGAGAGAGAGCCAGUGUGGUGUAGUGGUUAAGAGUGGUAGACUCAUAAUCUGGUGAACCGGGUUCGAUUCCCCACUCCUCCACAUGCAGCUGCUGGGUGACUUUGGGCCACUCACACUUCUCUGAAGUCUCUCAGCCCCACUCACCUCACAGAGUGUUUGUUGUGGGGGAGGAAGGGAAAGGAGAAUGUGAGCCGCUUUGAGACUCCUUCGGGUAGUGAUAAAACAGGAUAUCAAAUCCAAACUCCUCUUCUUCUAUCAAUUCACUUCCAUGCAGGAGAAGAGACUAUACACACACACCAGAAACAGUUGCAGAGUGUAUACAGCUAUCACAUUCCUCCCACAAUCACAAAUUUUACUCCCAACCCAAGUAAACUGAAGAAGUUUCUUUGGGGGGAGGGGCUGCUUUCAAAGCUAAAUGCAGCUAUGCAGAUGUUGAUUGAAAAGCAAGGGUCCAACACACACACCCCCCCCAAAAAAAUGGAGAUGUCCCGGCAGAGGACAGAAUGGAGGCUCAAACUCCCUCUCCCCCCCCCAAUUCACUCCCUCCCACCCAAGACUUGAGAGAGGGGAGGGAGAGAAGGACGGGUGUCGAAUGGGUUCUGCAGAAGAGUAAGAAUAGCUUGAGACUGGUUCACAUGGAAAUCCAGUGAAAGAACAAAGUGUUCAGUAAAAAAUAAAUAAAACAAAAGAAGUCGUCAUAAAAGUAACCAGAUGCCCCUGCUGCAAACUAAUGUUUUAUUCUGUAAUAUGUUCUUGACACAAUUAUAACUUUGUCCUCCUUUUUAGGUCCGAUUGCUGUACUCCUUAUGCAGAGGUUCUGAUGAGUGAUGAAAACGGAAACACAGAUACUUUAACUGUAGACUGCAGACAGUCGCAUCCUGUAGCAGCCUAG